AUGGCUGACAAGAAGAUAGCUUCUCUACAAGCUCAACUACAGACGUCAUCGAUAGCCUUUCAAAAACUAGAAGCUGAUCUUGCAGGAGUGAUAGAAGCUAGGCAACGUCUCGACUCCCAGCUUUCAGAGAACGAACUGGUACUGAAGGAAUUCACUCAACUCAAAUCUCACAAUACCGUAUAUAAACUUGUUGGACCAUCACUAGUGCCUCAAGAUCAGAAUGAAGCCAAAGUCAAUGUAGAAAAAAGGCUUGAAUUCAUUAGAUCAGAAAUAAAACGAGUGGAGACUCAAAUAAAGGAGAACGAAGAAAAGGCUGCUAAGAAGAAGGAUGAAAUUAUGGGACUGCAACAACAGUUCCAAGCUUUACAAGGUCCCAGUGGGCAACAAGAAGCUAUUGCGGCAUGA